AUGUCGAGUCCUGAGCAAGAAAACAUUAUGAACAACAGCCAUACACAAAAUCAAACCAUACAAUCGCCUCUUGAUGUUUCCCAUUCCUAUAGUGUUAACACAAUUUCAUCACUUCGAGAUUACAUUAUUUCAGAGGACCUGCUGGCUGGGCAGAGGUUAGAAGGCAGGAUGUCAAGUGUUAGAAGGUUUUUUUGUUUAUUUGUUACCUUUGACUUUCUGUUCACAUGUUUGAUGUGGAUAAUAUGUGUUAUGCUGAAUGGAGAAUACAUUAUAACAGCUUUACAAGAACAAGUGGUUCACUAUAAUAUUCAUACAUCACUAUUUGACAUAGUGCUGAUAGCUUCUUGUAGAUUCAUCAUGUUGAUAUUUUUCUAUGCUUUGCUUUACAUGAAUCACUGGUUUAUAAUAUCACUGUCUACAGCUUCUACCUGUGGGUUCCUCAUCACCAAAGUGUUCUUUUAUGAUUGGCCCCACUCAUCACAACCAGUUUUUGAGGUACUGUUAGUUCUGGCCUCAUUUAUUUUAGCCUGGGGGGAAGCAUGGUUCCUUGAUUUUAAAGUUAUACCACAAGAAACACAUGCCAACAGAUAUUUGAUCACAGAUACUGAGAGAACCCCUCUGAUAAGGAGUUAUGUUCAGGGGCUCCCUUCUAUGUAUACAGAGAGUAUUGGGAAUUUUUAUUCUCCUCAAGGAUCACCAGAAGGUUCAAUGUUUAGGUUUGACCAAUCAGCCAAUGUUAGUACUUAUUUACCUGUGAAAUUUACUAAAGAACAGGAAGAUAAUUAUAAGAGAACAGCUUCAAAAGUGUUUCAUGAAGCAUGGGACCUAUUCAAAAGUAAAGAUUGGAAACUUCAAAAACAAAAUGAGAAUGAUAGUUUUUUCUCAAGAUCAGAAUCAAAGGGAAAAAAAAUCUUCAAAGUCCAGGCUGAAAUCAGUGUGUCCCCUAGAUAUCUUCUUGAAGAACUUUUCUAUCAAGUCCAUGAGCUUCCAAAAUGGAAUCCUGCUAUCAAAGAAUCACAAAGAAUUCAGUCAUUGAAUGAACACACAGACAUAACUUACCAAGUCUCAAAAGAAGCUGCAAAAGGUUUAGUUUCCAGUAGAGAUUUUGUGAAUUUGAGGCAUUGGGCGGAAAUUGAGAAUGGUUACAUGAUUUCUGUCAGCAAAACUGACCAUCCUUCUAUACCAGUAAAUAAAAAAAUUGUUCGGGGAGAAAAUGGAGUAGGUUGUUUUGUAAUUGAAGAAACCAAUCAGACAGACAUAAGUAUGUUUCACUGGAUAAUGAAUACCAACUUGAAAAUAUGGAUUCCAAGUACAAUUCUAGAAAAGGAAGUAGCACAUAUGAUGUUCACUUAUAUCAAAGACUUACGUAACCAUCUAUAUUCAAAAAGGAGUGAUAGCUGGGUUAUAUAUUUUUUCCUGAAGAACAUGGGUCUGAUUUAUAUCAAGGGUUUUCAAGAAAUCCUUGAAGUGGUAAAAAUAAAUUGGUAA